AUGGGCUUCUGCAACUCAUUUGCUGGAAUGGCGGCGAUGGCGAUCGUGACAUCCUCCGCAACGACGGCGAAAAACGUGUCUCUCGACCUGUUACCUUUGGAACCGCUGCCGGCGAUUUCGCCGGAAGCAGUGUGCGCUGACUGGGCGGCCUGGGUUCCCCCCAUGUCGGGCCCCACGGUUGUGAUGCAGGUGGAAGCAGGUCAUGAUGUCAUGAUGUCGGAUGCAGAUGCCUUGUGGCUGGCGGACCCCAUGAAAGACUUCUCGCUCCCUGGCGUUGUCGGCAGCAGCAUCGUUGCAUCUAGGGGAAGUUUUCCGGGAGAAGUUGGUCACGUGUGGGGCGCAACCAUAUGUAUGGGUUUCAUUUUGUUUCGAACGACUGCGAGCCGCGUCGCCAUGCGAGAAUUCGUCACCGUCAUGAACGCGCUAGUGCUCGAGGAGAAGGACGACCAGAUCGCGGUGAAUAUAGCGGCGCGAGACUUGGGGAUCGUGUGGAACCAGGAGGACAGUGACAUGCGCUACACGGAAAGCACUGGUUUUGGUGUGGGGUUCAUCGAUUCGCUUUCAGAUGACGACAAUCAACCCUUCACUGUGACGUUAUUGCCUCACAGCGCCUACACACGCAUCUGUGCGAGUACGCCCGUUUCGAACACAACCGUUGUGGCUCAUUGUAUAUCGUCGAAAACACCUCAAAGUAAGGCUGACUGGAUGCACAGGAUGGACCUCUGGGCAGUCGACGAAGAUACCCGCUGA